AUGCAGAAAUUCGGCUGUCCCGAACGAUUCACUCAGCUGGAGCGUUGGCUCUACGAUGGCAUGAUGCCGCGGGUCACGGACAGUGGACAUGUCUCAGAAGCAUUUGCAGUGACCACCAGAGUGAAGCAGGGCUGCGUCCUCGCGUCUAUCCUCUUCAUUCUCAUGUUCUCUGUCAUGCUGAUGAACGUCCACCGUGACGAACGCCCCGGAAUCCGCGUCGCCUACAGGACGGACGGCCGCCUCGUCAAUCAGUGGCGGACGCACUUCCAGUCGCGUGUAUCCGCAGCCUCCUUCCAUGAACUCCACUUCGUCGUCGACUGCGCCCUCAAUGCCACCUCGGAAGGGGACGUGCAAAGGAGCAUGGACAUCUUCGCCAUCGCCUGCGACAACUUCGACCUGGCUAUCAACACGGAGAAGACGGUGUUUCUGCAUCAGUCGCCACCCGACGCUGCCUGCGUCCCACCCCAAAUCAACGUGAACGACGUCCAAAUGCAAGCCGUGGACAACUUCACUUAUGUGAGCAGCACCCUCUCCCGCAACACCAAAAUCGACGAUGAUGUGGCCCACCGGAUUUUCAAGGCCAGCUAA